GGAUCGGAGGUUUUAAGAAUAUUUGAGUGAAUGUGCGAAUUUCCUGAUUUUUAAAAAAUUUCAACAAUAAAAGGACUCGUUGAAAUUAAAAAAGAACAUUUCGUGAAAUAAUUAACACUAUUUGUAACCAAAAUCCGACUAAAUUUUGGCUUAAUCGGUCCUACAGGUUCUGGGGUACAGCAAUUUUUUUUUUCCGAAGGUUUGUGAGAAACUCAAGGGUUCGGUUCCUUUGAAAGAAUUUUUCCCUCUCCCAUUCUGUCGAUAUAAACUUAAUUGAACCUUUAAAUCGAAAAUUUAGAAAUAAUGGACUGAGAGAAGGGGAAAAAUACGCCUUCCCGAGAUGAAAUAAAAUUUCGAAACUGAUGAAGUCCAAGAUUUACAAAAAAAUCUCCAAACGAGAUAUAAAUUCAAGAUUUUAAAUACGUGACCAGUUCGUCUAAUCCCCAACUUCCCAUUCCUGACCGAUAAAAAAUAAUUUCCACCUCCGAAUGAAUUCGAAUCCCUUAUCAAUUUUUCCCCAGAAAUUCAGCCAUCUCCCAUGAAUUCCGAGCUAUCGAAUUGCCAUUCCUCUCCCCCACCUCUCCAAUAUCAUCUCGAAUCCGUCUAUGAUAAACUCAAGCAAUCAACAAAAGCAACAAAAAACCUCCUCCCCAAGCCCUCGCUAUCUCCCCUGAAUUCCAAGAUAUCCUCCAUAGAAUUGAUACGAACGAUUUCCCCAUCGCCCUCGUCAUCUCCGAUUUCCAUUCACCAAUCGUGAAAACUAAGAUACCCUUAAGUACCCCCACAACACCAUUUUUCCAGCCCAACAAUAAACAUUUACGGUACAUAACUUCCUCCAGCAAUUCGAUCUUUAAUGAAACAGUCUGAUAUAUCGUACAGGCCACGCCUCGUCGGCUUCUCAUUCACAUACACAGUCCCUCAUCCACCCCCUCCACCCCACACACACUCAAUCCCCAGAUACAAAGAUUGUCCUAAAAACCUUGACACGUUCACCACCCCCAGAAGAUCCAAGCGAAUCCACCCAGUCGCCAACACCCUUCAUCUCCAUUCCCCUCUACCUCAUGUCCUCAUGAUUCCUAAUUACACCCCCAAAAUUAUGAAUUCCUCAUUCCCUUCCUCAUCUCACCCUCGUUCACCCCCUUGGUUUCAUUAAACCACACGACACUCCAGUGGAGAAAAAAAAUCCCCUCCUCCCCCUUCACCCCAAUGUUUCGCUAAUUUUUUUUUUCUUCUUUUUCACCAUCGAAACCUGGAGUUUGCGCACGUGAAUUCCGUUGCGCCGGGCGGCGGCACCCAAGUAACAUCCUCUAGCCGCAGUCGAUAGCGGUUUCACGGGCUGAGUGUUACGGUACUUGGAAUGAUCGGCAUCCAAGUCCACCUCAACCUACAUAAAAUUUUUUUAAAUCAUUAAAUUCCCGAGGAACAUUGCAAAUUCCAACUGGAGCCUUGACAAAUUGUCAUCGAGAUCAAGACCCGAGAGGAGGAGUUUAAACGCUCAUUGAAUCCAGUUUAAACUGACUAUAUCGAGUUAAUACUGAACGAUUGAGUAUAAAUUCAUCGUUAGUGCACCUGUUAAACGAUUGAUGAAUUCGAUCUGUUCAAUUGACCCUCGAAAAGGCAUAAACUUUGGUGAAAUCGAUCGGUGGUCAGAGCCGACAGGGGCAGGUACCUCGGGUGGGCGAAAAUCGAGGAGUGGCGGAAAAUAAUUUAUACAUUAUUAAUCAAUUCCAGGGAUAGCUGGAGUCUAGAUUAUUCAGUUUAAGAAUCAAUAAAAUACAAUCAACAUAUUCUAAAUUAGGGGUAAAUUGUGGAGAUCGUCGGUCAGUUGAAAUAAAUUCAAUUGUAAAAUUAUAAAGAAAAAAAUAUGGCGUGGGGUUAUUGGAGCGCAACAUCGGUGAGUGAUCGUGGUCGUUCGCCCCGUCGUGAGAAGGAUAAAUCAUCUCAAUCGCAGUAUCAAACAGCCAGUGAAGUGAUGGGUGUGCAGAGUUGUUCAGGUGUACAAAAUUCAGAAUUGGGUUUAACAUCCGAGGAUACGAGUCAAUUAUUGAGUACUCAGGGUGGUGGCUUUUAUACAUAUUCAGUAGCCGCAGCCGCAGCAGCUGCUGUUGCCGCUGGUAAACGUACCCCGGGUAUGAUGGACAGUACAACAUCAACGGGCACAUCAUCAAGUCUACCGAAUGAAUUUACAUUAUCCUCAGGAUUAAUGGGUAGACCGGGCUCGAGUAAUUAUCCACCAUCGCCUGGUAGUGAUUCUGCUGAGUAUGAACAGCCACACGUUACGAUGGGCCUCCAUUAUCCCCAAAAACAUGAUGCCCAUUGUCAAGAAUUUAUUCACACAGAUGUACUCUGUCAUACAACAAUGACAACUGCUCCAGCAACAACAUUGUCAUUGGAUCGUCGUCUCAAGGGGCACAGAUCACUGAGAUUUGAUAGAUCUGAUAAUCCAGAUGAUGAUAAUACUGAUGUGGAAAUUGGAGAUGAAAUUAUCGUACCAGAAGUUAUUUAUGAAUCCAGCAGAACGAGCUUAACGGGAAUUGGUAGUUGUGUUAUUCAUGGACCCUGUGGUCAAUCCAAUGAUCCUGGAACUUCAAUAUCAUCAAUUGCAUCUGAACAUUAUCCAGUAGCACCACGCCCACCCUAUGCCACUGCUCGGCUCGAUGACAUCAAGUGGGUUUUUCCGAAUGUUCCAGCAGCACCGGGAAUGCCAUGUCAGGGCGAAGACAGAAGUAUUUAUAGACGUGGCGCUCGCAGAUGGAGGAAAUUGUACAGAGUUAAUGGUCAUAUAUUCCAGGCAAAACGUUUCAAUCGCCGAGCAUUUUGCGCAUUCUGCCAAGACCGCAUUUGGGGAUUAGGAAGACAGGGCUUCAAGUGUAUUCAGUGUAAACUUCUUGUACACAAGAAGUGUCAUAAAGUCGUGAGAAAACGGUGUUUGAGCCUUCAACAGCAGCAACAACCACCACAUACACCAGACCACUCGUCCUCCGACCGCAAUGGUGAUCAAGCACAGUCGGAUUCACCGCAGUGCAGUCCAACGGCACAUUUGGAAGAUGUAUCUGCUGAUUUUCCAGUUCUUGGGCAACAGGCUCGUAGACGUUCUGGAAGUGAAGAUGGAGAAGAAUUGGCCCUGGAUACCAUAGCAGGUGCUGAUGGUGGUAGUGACAUGCAGAGACAGUAUUCCCUGAAUGAUUUUGAAUUGAUUCGUGUCAUUGGCCGUGGCUCCUAUGCUAAAGUACUUAUGGUGGAAUUAAAACGCACGAGGAGAAUUUACGCAAUGAAAGUCAUUAAGAAAGCGCUUGUCACGGACGAUGAGGAUAUUGACUGGGUACAGACAGAAAAACAUGUUUUUGAAACGGCCUCUAAUCAUCCAUUCCUCGUCGGACUUCACUCAUGCUUCCAAACGCCGUCGCGUUUAUUUUUUGUCAUUGAAUUUGUACGUGGGGGUGACUUGAUGUUUCACAUGCAGAGACAACGUCGUCUUCCUGAAGAACAUGCACGAUUUUAUGCUGCCGAAAUAAGUCUCGCCUUAAACUUUUUACAUAAUAAGGGGAUUAUCUAUCGCGAUUUGAAACUGGAUAACGUUCUCUUGGAUCACGAGGGCCACGUGAAACUAACGGACUACGGUAUGUGUAAAGAAGGGGUACGCGAGGGCGAUACAACAGCGACAUUCUGUGGCACUCCAAAUUAUAUAGCACCGGAGAUUCUUCGUGGUGAGGACUACAGUUUUUCCGUCGAUUGGUGGGCACUGGGUGUUCUCCUGUACGAAAUGUUGGCAGGUCGAAGCCCAUUCGACAUAGCUGGUGCAUCUGAAAAUCCAGAUCAGAAUACGGAAGACUAUUUAUUCCAAGUUAUCCUCCAAAAGACUAUCAGAAUUCCCAGAUCAUUGUCUGUUAAAGCAGCUUCCGUUCUCAAGGGCUUCCUCAAUAAAGAUCCAGCCAACAGAUUGGGAUGUGCUGAGGGCCAAAAAUCAUUCGUUGAAAUAGCAUCACAUGCAUUUUUCAAGGCCAUUGAUUGGACAAUGUUGGAGCAAAAACAGGUGACACCACCGUACGAACCAAAAUUACAAUCAGAGAGAGAUCUUGAAAAUUUUCCACCAGAAUUUACAAAUGAACCUGUUCAUCUCACACCAGAUGAUACGAGGGUUAUUGAAAAAAUUGAUCAAAGUGAAUUCGAAGGCUUUGAAUAUGUGAAUCCUCUUCUCAUGUCACUCGAGGAUUGUGUGUGACAAGAGAAUUAUUGGGAAUAUGAGUAUCAUCAUAAUGAUUAUUUACACAGAACAAAAUUACCGUAUGAUCUAUGUGACUUAGAGAACAGGCUUGAAACAUUAAAUUUUCAUUCACACAAUCAGUUACCCUAUUACGGCACAAAUCAUCCAGCGAGUUAUUUUUCAGGUGAUUACUAUCAUGAUAUGAUUAAUUAUCAUGAUGACAAUAAUUAUAAUCAGUAUAGAGAUUCACAGUGUUACAUCGAUUAUGAAAAACCCAGUUUUUCUUAUUCAUUGAGAAUCGAAGAUGUUGGUAUUGUGUGCAAUACUGGUAAUAAUAAUGGAGACAUUGGGGUUGAGGAGAGUGAGGAUGAUUACGAUAGGGUGAAGGAUAUUGAGGAGGAUAACUCGAGGAAAAAAUUAUUGAAGCAAAUGUUUUGUCUACCUCUGCAUUAAUUGGAGAUAGGUAAAUUAAAUUUGUGAUUUUUUUCUCAUACAAUUUGACAUUCCUUGAAUAAUGAAAUCCAUGGAAAUUUUGUAGAUUAAUUCAACAAUGUAAAGAGUUGAAAUGAAAAAAUCGACGAAAUCCAAUCAUUCCUGAUUCAAGUAUUUUUUAAAUUUUAACGUUGAUAAUUAUUCGCAUUCCUUCCAGUUGGUGCUGCAUUCAACUGUAUAAAUAUAAAUACAUUAUCAAGUAUUAUAGCAGAAAUCAUAACGAAAUGAAAUUUAUGAAAAUGCUUAAUCUUGAGUCAUAUAGUCUUCUGAAGAAAAAAAAAGUAAUUGGGUAUGUACCUGGAAAAAUCUCUCGGGAUUUUUUGCAUCAGAAGAAUAAAGAAAAAAAAAUCAAUGCUAUUUAAUAUUCAAAAAGUUUCAUCGAUCAUUGUUCUUAACCGUUGAAUUGACUAAAUGAUGCGCAGAAAGAUAAAUGCAAAAUGUGAUUUAUAAGUCUAAGACGAUGAGAAAAUAAAGAAGGGUCUCUUAGUGAACGACGUUACUGAUUUUUCCAAGUUUUUUGCAUUUAAAAAACUUGUUAUUAUUGUAUAGUUUGUAUAUUAAUACUCAUAUUACAGUAUUCAAGAAUAAAAUCUAAAGUAGAAACAUUUAUUGAACAGAUAAACAAAUUGAAGGAUAAAUUAAGAAAAGUUCCUUGAAAUCUUCCCGAAUCAAUGCUGAAGAUAAUUAACGCAUUGAUUUUUUUAUUGAAGCUUUUUUUUCAUUUGCAGAUUUACUCUACGUUUUUUAUAAUUUCCAAUUGACUAAAAAUAAUAAUCAAUUGAUGUAGCUAUGAUUUUAUAACUAGGCAGAGUACCUAUUGGCAAUUUAGGUAUUUAAAAAAAAAUUGGAAUUGCAGUAGAACCAUUUCAUAGUAUUUUUAUAAAAAUCUCCUUUAUCAUUUCAUUGAAUCAACGUUUAAUUUAUUACAGACACAUGAUAUUUGAUAACAAGUGCAUUUUCAAGCUAAUAUAUUGGCUAAUACGCAGAAAUAAUGACUACCCACGACUAAUUCCUCUGGAAAAUUAUAACUUUCAUUAAUCCCAGAAUAGUUUAUAUGUAUAUAACUAAGUAAAUAAUUGAAAUAUGGUUAUAUAUAUUUGAAUGAUUCAAUAGUAACGAGAAACAACUUAACAUUAGGAUAACUAGUUGAUAAACAGUGACAUGAAAUUAACAAAUAGGCUCAAUUAUUUAAAUAUGUAUAUAGGAGGAGAAUAAAAAUAAAGAAACAGUAAUUCCAAAA